AUGGUCAGGAAUACCCGAUUCGACGCCUCCUGGGUCGCUCUAGAGAGCGGAGGUGCAGUAUCAAGGGCGGAUGCAAUUGCACUGGUGUCGGUCAACCUUGAGAAGCUUCUUGGGUUUGAGGCUGCCGGUCUGGAUAGCGACCUCGUUGCGACGCACGGUGGAGACUUGCUGGGAUUCAGUAAAAUCGUGGGGAUCGUCUCUCCUCGCCGAGGUAUCGUCAAUAUUCUAUAA